CCACAAUGUAGCCACGGAGAGCUUGCAGAAAGAGCACGGCUAACUCCAGAAUGUACCUUGCUGCGCUUCAUUUCAACGAGAACACCAACAGGGCACAGGCCAUGGACAGGGGGGGCAACCCAGCAUUCAGCAUCUGCUAUCCAAGGGCCAAGGAGACAACGGGAGGAUAUACUGUCAGGAAGGUGCUGAUACAGGCCACUCACAAUUUCAACAAGAGGAUCGUGGAAAAGGUUCUGUUACUCUGCGCAGCUGGGGCAGACACCAGAGCCAACUACCCGGAGCUGAAGGCAAAUCCUGGAUAUCUAACAGCCAAGGUAACUCGCCCUAACAAAACACAGGCUGUGAAAGAAUUUGUGUCAAGGUUUGGUAAAGCGGUGGAGCCUAUGGGAAGACCAGAGGGUACUGAAGGUGUGGUUGUUCCAGCAAGUAUUGCAACAAAGAAGAAGAAGAAGAGCAAGCAUGCUGACAAAAGGCAUACCGAGGGCCAACAAGAGGGAGAACCUUCAUCCAGAAAGAAACGCAAGAAGUAAACGCCAAGUUGCCGCUAGCACAUUCUUUGUGAUUUGGUUAAAGUUGUGUGUAAACCAAAACGGUACAUUGAAAACUUGUGAAUAAGGACUGUUGCAACUAACACAAAAUUGAAAGUUUUUUGGUUUUAACACCUUUGAUAAAUUCUUGUGAAGCAUUAAAAUAGAUACUGGCAAGGCAUGUACCUACCUACAAAGCCACAACAAAUAUCAACUCGGAAUGCUGCGUUUGCCCGAUUUAAAUAAGCUAAAUGUUUACGUGCACAAUCUUUAUUAUACUGUUGCCCACUAACUGUCACUGAACAAAACACAAGAAUUAGUCAA